AUGGUAUCAAUUAAUUGCACAUAUGAUUCGACUGUUGCUGCAUGUAAUUCAUUAACAACUGGAGGAAUCAUUGGACUGGCGAUUGGAUGUUUUAUUAUUUUACUUAUUAUUGUUAUUAUUAUCAUUUGCUGCUGUUGUUGUUGUGGAUGUGCGGAAAGAUGUGGAUGUCAAAAUACUUGUAAGUGUCUUGGCAAAUGUAAUCAAGCUGGAAGAAGUAUUACUGUUCAUCCAAAACCAUAUCAGCCACAGCCAUUUGUUACUCCGACGAAUCAAAAUGGUUUUGAAAAUAAGCCACAGUAUACGCCUGAACCUACACCUGCACCUAAACCUGUGCCUAAGCCCCAAUUACAACCAACACCAGCACCAACCAUUGUCAAAAGAACUGAAAUUAAGAUAAUAAGACCACAACCAAUACAACCUAAUCGAUCCAAUAUUCCACAACCAACGCCAACAUCGAUACCAAUUAAAAAGCCUGAUCCGACUCCCCCUUACAUACCGAUACCAGCUCCUCAACCAGUAAUUGAAACGUGGAAUCCUCCUCCACUUAUAACCCCAAAACCAGUCGUCGAAAAAUGGAAUCCACCACGUUCUCCGGCCUUUGAAACAUGGAAUCCUGAACCUGAACCAACUGUUGCACCGUCUAAUCCCACACUUGAACCAAUCGUUGAACCGACCGAUCCUUCAUCUGCGGUGGCUGUCGAAACAUGGAAUCCUGAACCUGAGGCAGCUGUUGACACAUGGAACCCUGCACCUGAAGCAGCUGUUGAGACGUGGAACCCUGCUCCGGAAGCAACUGUUACACCGUCUAAUCCCACAACUGAGCCAAUCGUUGAACCAACAAAUCCUCCACCUGCGGUGGCUGUUGAAACAUGGAAUCCUGCACCUGAGGCGGCCGUGGAGACGUGGAAUCCUGCACCUGAACCAACUGUUGAGACGUGGAACCCUGCUCCGGAAGCAACUGUCGAGACAUGGAAUCCUGCACCUGAACCAAUUGUUGAACCGACAAAUCCUCCACCUGCGGUGGCUGUUGAAACAUGGAAUCCAGCACCUGAGGCGACUGUCGAAACAUGGAAUCCUGCACCUGAAGCAGCUGUUGAGACGUGGAACCCUGCUCCGGAAGCAACUGUUACACCGUCUAAUCCCACAACUGAGCCAAUCGUCGAACCAACAAAUCCUCCACCUGCGGUGGCUGUUGAAACAUGGAAUCCUGCACCUGAACCAAUUGUUGAACCGACAAAUCCUCCACCUGCGGUAGCUGUCGAAACAUGGAAUCCUGCACCUGAGGCGGCUGUGGAGACGUGGAAUCCUGCACCUGAAGCGACUGUCGAAACAUGGAAUCCUGCACCUGAAGCAGCUGUUGAGACGUGGAACCCUGCUCCGGAAGCAACUUUCGAGACGUGGAAUCCUGAACCUGCGGUGGCUGUUGAGACGUGGAACCCUGCUCCGGAAGCAACUUUCGAGACGUGGAAUCCUGCACCGGAGGCAGCUGUCGAGACGUGGAAUCCUUAA